GAAUUUGGUCGGUUUUAAGUUGAGUUAAGAUACACUUCUUGAGUCCUUCGGAAGAGCUUCUUCUCCUCUCAGUCGAAGCUAUGCUAUGAAUUAGUAAAGCACUGACUGCUCCUGAGCCCGUUGUUUUGUAAACUUUGGUAGUAGCCGCCUCGCGCGCGCCUCUGUCAAGUACCUUGCAGAGAACUGGCAAGGUAAAUUGAAUUUCUCCGGUAUCCCGGUUUCUACAUUAUGGUUUCUGGUGCAAACAGAGCCUCUUUAGAAAAUUGAAGGGCCGUUUCGAAAACUAACCCGGUGCAAUCUUUGCUGUGUUGUUUGUGCUUUUUCUAGAGGCUCAUCACUUUGCUAAAUGGCCAAUAAUCCUCGGUUUUCCGGUGUACAGCCUCUUCAGCCUCCUAUAGUUGGUUCGGUGGAACCCCCUCGAAGUUUUGUUGCACCGAUGUCUUCUCAGUUCCGACAGGUGGUUCCAGCACAGCAGUCACAACAGUUCAAUCCUGUUCCUUCUCAGCAUUUUUAUCCUGUUGGCCUUGGCGCUCCACUGAUGAAUGUUGGACUACCUCAUCAUCAUACUCUGCAACCCCAAUUUUCUCAAUCAAUUCAGCAAUUUCCUCCAAGACCUGGUCAGCUUGGUCAUGCUACACUCCCAUCACAGGCAAUUCCAUUGCCAAUUGCUCAGCCAAACAUGCACAGUACUUCAGAAAAACCAAUACCUCAGAUAAAUUCUCAAACUCCAAAUAGCUAUUCACCUGUUUUGAGUGGCCCAGAAAGACCUCUCACUUCAUCAUAUACUUUUGCACCAUCUUCUUAUGGUCAACCGCAUACAAAUUUUAAUGCCUCCACCCAGUAUCAGUUUACACCUCAAAUGCAUGCACCUGAUGUAUCUUCUGGGAGACAACUUGGUUUAUCAUCUGAAAGCCAGGGUACUGGCACUGUUUCACAGUUUGCAAAGCAACCUUUAGUUCCCACCACUGUGACAUCGGCAACGAUCAUCCAACCUAACGCCACAAGAGAGUCCCCAACUGAUUGGAUAGAGCAUACUUCUGCUGAUGGAAGAAGAUACUAUCACAACAAGAAAACAAGGCAAUCUAGUUGGGAGAAGCCUUUAGAACUGAUGACGCCAAUUGAGAAAGCAGAUGCUUCGACUAACUGGAAGGAAUAUACAAGUCCUGAUGGAAGGAAGUACUACUACAACAAGGUUACCAAGGAAUCCAAAUGGUCAAUCCCCGAGGAGCUGAAGUUGGCUCGCGAGCAAGUAGAAAAGGCAUCUUUCAUGGGAACACAGCCAGACACAUUUGAGAUUCCUCCUGUCUCAACUACUGUGCCUCCCUCUGUGGUUAAAGCACCAUCUGGUGCAGAAACCUCAUCUUCCCCAGCUCAGGGGGUAGCAUCAAGCCCAGCUCCAGAGGGGCAUGAUGUUGCUGCUGGUGAUCUAAAAUCUCCCUUGCUUUCUGAAACACCGGCUUCAACUGUUGUAGCUUCUACUACAGAUGAAAAUGCAAAUGGAAUGCAGACACUUCUAAAUGUUGCAGCACUUUCAGAUGCUGUUCCAGAAAAUUCUGAAGCUGCUGUCACCAUUGCUAGUACCAUUCAUGCAUCAAUGGAGAAUGCCAACAAUCUUUCAGCCGGAGAUGUUCCUAAUUCUGCAGAUGGAGCUCCUGUAAAAGUUGUGGAGGGAGUUGAUGCGAUUGAAGCCUUGGAGGAAGUGAAAAAAGAUGAAAUAGGGGAAAAACUGAACGAUAUUGGAUUGGAAGCAAAAUCAGUUGAUCCUGAACCCAUGAUUUAUGCCAAUAAGCUGGAGGCUAAACAUGCAUUCAAAGCACUUUUGGAGUCUGCAAAUGUUGGGUCUGACUGGACCUGGGAUCGGGCUAUGAGAGUAAUAAUCAAUGAUAGAAGAUAUGGUGCUUUGAAGACACUUGGAGAGCGGAAGCAAGUUUUCAACGAGUUCCUAAGUCAAAGAAAAAAACAAGAAGCUGAGGAAAGGCGCAUCAAACUGAAAAAAGCGCGGGAAGAAUUUAAACAAAUGUUAGAAGAGUCGUCAGAGCUGACAUCAUCCACAAGAUGGAGCAAAGCAGUGAGCAUGUUUGAGAAUGAUGAACGUUUUAAAGCUGUUGAGCGAGAUAGAGAGCGCAGGGAUUUGUUUGAUAACUACUUGGGGGAACUUAAAGAGAAGGAGCGAGCAAGGGCUGAGGAUGAACGCAAGCGGAAUGUAAUGGAAUAUAGGCAAUUUUUGGAAUCUUGUGACUUUAUCAAGGCAGACAGCCAAUGGCGAAAACUUCAAGAUCGCUUGGAGGCUGAUGAAAGAUGUUCACGUCUUGAAAAAAUAGAUCGCUUGGAUAUAUUUCUGGAAUAUAUACGUGAUUUGGAGAAGGAAGACGAGGAGCGGAGGAAGAUACAGAAGGAAGAAUUGAGAAAGGUGGAGCGGAAAAACCGUGAUGAAUUCCGCAAAUUGAUGGAAGAGCAUGUUACUGCUGGCACUCUUACAGCUAAAACCCACUGGCGUGAUUAUUGCAUGAAGGUUAAAGAUUUGCCUGCAUAUACAGAAAUUGCGUCAAACACCUCAGGUUCAACUCCAAAAGAAUUAUUUCAAGAUGUUCUUGAGGAGCUAGAGAAACAAUAUCAUGAGGACAAAACUCGAAUAAAAGAUGCAGUGAAGCUGGGAAAGAUCCUGCUGUCAUCUACAUGGGUGUUUGAAGACUUCAAGACUGCUAUUUCAAAGGAUUUUUCUCCACCAAUAUCAGAUGUCAACUUAAAGCUGAUAUUUGAUGAGUUACUAGAACGAGUUAGGGAGAAGGAAGAGAAAGAAGCUAAAAAGCGGAAACGCCUUGCUGAUGACUUCUUUCAUUUACUUAGUUCAAUAAAGGAAAUAACUGCAUCUUCAAAGUGGGAGGACUGCAAACAACUGUUUGCAGAUAGUCGAGAGUUCAGUUCCAUUGGAGAAGAAAGCCUUUGCAGGGAGGUAUUUGAGCAAUAUAUAUCACAACUAAAGGAACAGGCAAAAGAACACGAGCGAAAACGGAAAGAGGAAAAGGCAAAGAAGGAAAAGGAGAGAGAGGAAAAGGAGAAAAGAAAAGUCAAGCAGAGGAGAGAAAAAGAGGAAGGACGUGAACGAGAAAAAGAUGAAGAAGACAAUAUCAAGAAACAAAGGAAGCGGCAUCAAAGUUCUGAGGAUAUUGUAGAUGAAAAUGAGAAAGAUCGGUCCAGAAAGUCCCAUGGGUCUACCAGUGACCACAAGAAAUCGAGACGGCACGCAUCUGCUCCUGAAUCAGAUGAUGAGAGCAGGCAUAAACGACAUAAGAGAGACCACCGGAACGGUUCUCGUAGAUAUGGGGAUCACGAGGAACUUGAAGAUGGGGAAUUUGGUGAGGAUAGGCAAAGUUGGUAGCUUCUUAAUCCUCCAAAUCACUAAUUUUUUCCCCUACUUUUGAUAUAUUGUUAUCAUUUGCAAGAUAAUUAAUUUCCAAAUUAGCCUUGAUUACCUUAGCAAUGUAUUGUUAUCAGUGUAAAUAUUGUUUUUUAGCUUAAUCAGCCACAUCUUUAUCAAAUAGUGAAUUUGGGAUCUUUGAAUUAAUUUAAGCAGCGGCAAGUCCUACAACAUUUAAAUGUCAACUAAAAAGUUCAAAUUCUGAGCUUUUGUACAAUGACUGAUAAUUGUUGGGAACUCUACUGAUUUGAGCGUCAGUGAUCA